GGAAGUUAUAGAUCCAGGAUGACGUUCAACGACUAAUCUACAUCUACAUCAAUCUUUCUAAUCUACGUCAUUCUUUCUAACAAUAAGCAGUGCUCGAACAAAUCGCAAACGCAACGACACCCUCGCUGAUGGCGUUCAGUAAGCGGGCUGUCAUCGUUCGCUAAAAGAAUUUCUACCGAACGCUUUCAGCCAGCUCGUUCGACGUCCGAGUCUGACGAGUUGAUCGAUUUUUUUCACGGCUGGCGAUCAUCCAACAAGUUCGGCGGCUGUCGAGGACGACGCUCGCUCCACCAGCAGUCCACUAUAUUUAAAUAUAGUCGAAGAUCGUCGUAGAGAGGUUGGACGAGCGGCUAGUCUUAUGUGCGAGCCACUGAUAGCAGCCGCUCCUCUCGGUGGAGCUGAGGCAGCAGUAGUGCUUCUGACAAGCAAAAGUGAUCGAGAGGGUACUGACCUGAUCAAAGUGUCGAGGUUUUAUAAGGACAGCAAGGAGGGAAAGUUCGUGAGCUUCUUGUACGAGGACACGAGGACCUUGUACGACGGUUUCCGCAAAGGCGCCAAGGUGUCCAACAAUGGCCCCUGUCUUGGCUGGCGAGAUGGACCAAAUAAACCAUACCAGUGGCUUCAUUACAACGAAACCCUGCUCAGGGCGAAGAAUUUCGGUUCUGGCCUAGUGUCUUUGGGGCUGAUGCCAGGAUCGCACGCGCUCGUGGGUCUUUACAGUCAGAACUGCCCAGAAUGGAUUCUCACCGAGCAGGCAUGCUACACGUACUCUUUGGCGGUAGUGCCUCUGUACGACACGUUAGGCCCUGAUGCCUGUGCCUUUAUCAUCAACCAGGCUGAGAUCAAUCUGGUUGUCUGUGAAAAUGACAAGAAGUGUAAUUUGCUGCUCGACAAGGCACCGAGAUGUCUGAGGAAAAUGGUGGUGAUAAAAGAGACGAGGCAAGCGACGAUCCAAAGGGCGAAGAACCGCGGCGUCGAGUUGCUCAAGUUCGACGACGUGGAGCGUUUAGGCGCCCAGAAAAACCAUCCGGAAGUGCCGCCAAAGAUGACGGAUCUGUGCACGAUAUGUUACACAUCCGGGACCACGGGCAACCCGAAAGGCGUGAUGUUAACGCAUCAGAACGUGAUGGCGGGGAUAAGCGCGGUUCUGACACAAUUAGGCGAGCACAAGCCCUCGUACAAGGACACGAUGAUCAGCUUUUUGCCCCUGGCACACAUGUUGGAACGGUGCUGCGAGAAUGGCAUGUACAUGGUGGGCGCGUCCGUGGGCUUUUACAGCGGUGACAUCAAAAGGUUGCCCGAGGAUAUGAAAGCGUUAAGGCCUACCGUGAUGCCAGCGGUGCCGCGGCUGUUGAAUCGAAUGUACGACAAGGUCCAAUCUGAACUUCAAAGCUCGUGCUUGAAAAGGCUGGUAUUCAGCCUAGGUAUGCGGGCGAAGGAGGCGGAGAUCAAGAAAGGAAUCAUCAGAAAUAACAGUGUGUGGGAUAAAUUGAUCUUUGGAAAGAUCAAGAAAUCGACGGGAGGAAGACUGAGGUUGAUGGUCGUCGGAUCAGCCCCAUUGGCGGGGAAUGUACUCACCUUCACCAGAUGCGCUCUCGGUUGUUUGAUCGUCGAGGGAUACGGCCAGACUGAGUGCGCUGCACCGAUCACCCUCACUGUUCAGGGUGAUCAUGUGCCAGAACACGUAGGUCCACCAGUCCCCUGUUGCUGCAUUAAAUUGGUGGACGUUCCAGAAAUGGAUUACUUUGCAAAGAAGAAUCAAGGCGAAGUGUGCGUAAAAGGCACCAACGUGUUCGUAGGAUAUUUCAAAGAUCCCGAAAGAACUAUCGAAGUUAUCGAUGAAUUUGGUUGGCAUCAUACCGGUGACGUUGGCAUGUGGUUACCUAACGGAACGCUUAAAAUAAUCGACCGAAGGAAACACACGUUCAAGCUUUCGCAAGGAGAGUACAUAGUUCCAGAGAAAAUCGAGAGUAUUUAUUUACGCAGUCAAUACGUUCAUCAAGUAUUCGUCCACGGAGAAUCCCUAAAAUCUUGUGUUGUGGGAAUAGUAAUACCAGAUGUAGAUGUUGUGAAAUGUUGGGCUGUAGAGAACGGUAUACCAGGUACGCUCAGCGUAUUAUGUGCUAAUUCGCAAGUCAAACAAUUGAUCAUGGACGAUAUGCUUUCGUGGGGAAAAGAAGCUGGUCUCAAAUCUUUCGAACAGGUAAAAGACAUUUACUUGCAUCCCGAUCCGUUCUCCGUGCAAAACGGCCUUCUUACUACUCCAACAUUGAAAAUGAAGCGACCACAGUUGAAAGAGUAUUUCAAACCUCAGAUAGAGGAUCUCUAUCGACAUUUGGACUGAUCAGACUGAACACUGACUUAAAUUCUAUCUUCAUUAGCAUCGGGAACAGCAACGUGAAGAAGGAUCGACACGCAUUUGCGUCGCAUUCACAAAGAAAUCACUUCCUCCAUCGAGUACUCGUAACGCCGCGAUAUUUUUAUUAUAUCAUUUUCUUCACAAUUACACGGCGGCGCAACAGAAACGAAAUGAAAGCACCGUUUAGGCUAUUAAGUAAUUGAUAACAUUAUAAUAAAAUGUAUUAUAAUUAGGCGCGUCUCGUUUUCUUUUGACUAUAAUCAUCCUUCGAUACUUGUCGCGUGUAUAUUUACAGAUUUCUUCGUCCCUAUCCUCGUAUUUUGAUACAGAUUAUUACCGCUUUUACGAUAUACAUAACGGCAUACAUAGAUGUACAUUUUUAUCGAUAACAAUAAUUAAACGAACUUUGAAUUAUAAUUUAGUACAAAGUAGAAUAUUUUGAAACGUGUAUAUCAUUUAUUUUCGUAAAAUGCAAUCGAACAUAUGUGCGAUAUGUAAAACGAACUUGAGAUUAACGUAAUAAAUAGAUUGCAAAACUGGGCAACUUAAAAAGUAGUGUAGCUAAUUUUAAAUACUUGGGAAUAUUUUAAUAAAUUCCGCUUGUGAACAGUGCUUACUAACAACAGCGAUGGAUAGAUGAACUUUUUAUAAUUAUUAAUAGUAUGUUAGAACUUCUCUUUCACUGUUUGGCGGCAUUCUGUCAUAUUUAAGCGUUUCUUCUUGUAUAAUAACGUGAGAUCUAUAUUAAACCGAUACGAAACUGUGAUUAACAUUAGUAAGCACAGAAUGCUUAACUUAUGAUACCACAUUCUCCAAACCAAUGAAAAGAUUAAUGAAAGAUAUUAAUAAAAUAUAUGAUAUGUAACA